AUGUCGCUCUUCGGGUCCGUCGGUGCGGCGGCGACCUCAACCAGCCAAACCAACACCACGGGGGACAUCUCCAAGGAUGUCGCUCUCAAUUCUCCUCCCGAAGACGGUAUCUCUGAUCUCAGCUUUUCUCCCGCUAGCGAACAUCUUGCGGUAGCUUCCUGGGAUAAGAAGGUCCGCAUUUAUGAGAUCAAUGAGCAAGGUCAGAGUGAAGGAAAGGCUCUCUUUGAGCAUGAAGCUCCCGUUUUGAACUGCUGCUGGUCUCCGGAUGGAACCAAAGUGGUUGGGGCUGGUGCCGAUAAAGCUGCGCGCAUGCUUGAUCUUGCGGCCAACGCUACUACUCCCGUGCAGGUCGCUGCCCAUGAUGCCCCAAUUCGAUGCUGUCAAAUGAUUCCCAACCCGGCCGGAAACUCUCCCCUUCUCAUCACCGGUUCGUGGGACAAGACAGUCAAGUACUGGGACCUCCGACAAUCAACCCCCAUCGCCACUGUGGAAUGCCAGGAACGUGUCUACACCAUGGACGUCAAGAGUAAACUACUCGUCGUUGGUACUGCCGACCGCUAUAUCAAUAUCAUCAACCUGGAUAACCCCACCAAAUUCUACAAGACCAUGCAGUCCCCCCUCAAGUGGCAGACGCGGGUAGUCAGCUGCUUCACCGACGCCUCCGGUUUCGCCGUCGGCAGUAUCGAAGGCCGUUGUGCCAUCCAGUACGUUGAAGAGAAGGACUCUGCCUCUAACUUCAGUUUCAAAUGCCACCGUGAGACCCCGGCCGGCCAACGCGACAUUAACAACAUCUACUCCGUCAACAGCAUCUCCUUCCACCCAGUCCACGGCACCUUCAGUACCGCAGGUAGUGACGGUACCUUCCAUUUCUGGGACAAGGACGCCAAACACCGUUUGAAGGGUUACCCCUCCGUCGGAGGAAACAUCUCCAGUACCGCCUUCAACCGUAAUGGUAACAUCUUCGCCUACUCCGUCAGCUAUGACUGGAGUAAGGGUUACUCCGCCAACACCCAGCAACUCCCAAACAAAGUCAUGCUUCAUCCCGUCAGUCCCGAGGAGGUGAAACCCAGACCUGGCACUAGGAAGAGGUGA